AAGCAGAGGGACACCAUGAUGUGUUUCAUGUCAUUGAAGUGUGCUGCUACAGGAAAUACUCUUUCCUGUCAGCAAAUUGCAGUCUUAUGUUCACUUAUCUCAGUUUUACGUAAAAAUCUCCCAAAUCUGACCCCUGUCUCUGUCUCCCCUCUGCAGCCCAGUGAGGAGCUCCUGCAGGAGCACUACAUCGACCUGAAGGAAAGGCCAUUCUUUCCUGGUCUCAUCAAGUACAUGAGCUCUGGUCCAGUGGUUGCCAUGGUGUGGGAAGGCAAGGGUGCGGUGAAGACUGGCAGGGUGAUGCUGGGCGCAACCAACCCCGCUGAUUCAUUGCCCGGAACCAUCAGAGGAGACUUCUGCAUCGACGUCAGCAAGAACAUCAUCCACGGCAGCGACUCAGUGGAGAGUGCCAACAAGGAGAUUGCCCUGUGGUUCAAAGACGACCUGGUCAGCUACACUAGCUGUGCCUUCGACUGGCUCUACUGAGCACUCCGGGCCCUGCAGCAGUCCUCACUGGUUGAAGACCAGUCAAAACUUUUGCCUCAGAUUAAAUUUUUUUUCUGUCCAUAGCAGGAGAAGAACUGAUGUGAAGUUCUUCAUGGCUCUCAGUCCUCACAUUCCCUCUUGACAUCUACCCAUCAUACUGUACCUGGAUCCGGUCUGUGUUUGAGGUCCAUGUCUAGCCUUCAUUCCUGUAGGAACAUUCCAUUCAUUCCCUGAAUGUACAGUUAAUGACUGAAAUAGUCUUUGACUGUCUGUUUUGUUAAAGGUGAUCUGCUUUCCAAUAAAAUGCACACAAUACCAA